AUGUGUAUUUGUAUUAGUAAUUAUGUUAUUAACAUUACAAAAAUAACCAAAACAUUUUUAAAUAUAAAUGAAAAAAAAUACAUAAGAUCAGGCAAGUUUAAUGAUUUGGUAUGUAAAAAAAAAGUCCUAAAUGAGAGUAUUGAAAAUGAACUAAGCGAAGUAAAUAAAAAGGAUAUAAAUCAAGUCAAAAUUUUAAAGCUAUUUAAUAUUGAUGAGAUAAAAAGUGGAAUACCGAGGAGGUACCAUAAAAGGAAAACGGGUUCUAAUCGACAAAGUGAAAAAUAUGACAAUUGUGAAAAUGAAACAUUAAGCAAUAUUAAUAAGCCUACUGAUGAGUGUAAUAACAUAAGAAAAGUGUGUGGAAAUAAAAAUAAAAUUUUUUUAAAAAAAAAUGAUAAUAGACAAAAUAGUAUAAAAAAUUAUGUAGAAACAAAAUAUUUUUAUGAAAAAUAUCCAAAUUUUAUAAAAGAUAAAAAUAGCCAUAAUGUUAACAAUAGAUAUAACAGUAUGACUUUGAAAAAAAAAAAUUAUAAUCAAUGUGUAAUUCCAAAUAAAUUAUUUAGAAAAAAAUAUAUAUGUAUUGAAAAUAACAUUAAACUUGUAGAUAGUUAUAUUAAUAAGAAGUAUCAUAUAGAAGUAAAAAAAAAUAAUAAUAAUAAUAAUAAUGGAAAAACAAAUAGUGACAUAAAUUAUGAUAAUGUCUUUAAUUAUUCUGAAGAAAGAUCUAUACAACUUUUGGACGAAAUUAAUAAAAAAGACAAAUUUCAGAAUAAGGAGCAAGACAAAUUUCAGAAUAAGGAGCAAGAGAAAUUCCAAAAUGAGGGGCAAUAUAUUGAGAAUAAAAAAAAUAAUAAUAAAGAAUUACAAAUAAGUUGUGUAGAUUUUGAAAAUAAAAAUAGAAUUAUAAAAAAAAUAUAUAAAGCAUCAAUUAAUCAUGUUAGAGAUGAAAAUUUAUGGAAAAAAUAUGUUCAGAAUGUUUUUACUAUAUCUGGAUAUUUAGAUGCAAGUGAAAUAGUAAUUUUAUUUUGGUGCUUUAGUAAAAUUGGGUAUCGAGAUAAUAGAUUAACAAAUUUAUUAAGUUCGAUUAUUUUAAAAAAAAUAAAUGAAUUAAGUUGUUGUGCAUUAUCACUUUUAUUAAACAGUUUUAAAAAAUUAGAAAUAAAAAAAUAUGACACUAUAGAAUUAUUAACAAAUCAAUUUUGUUUUCAUGUAUCAAAUUGGAAAUUUCAAGAUGUAGCUCUAGUAGCAAAUUCUUUAGCAUUUUUUUAUAUAUAUCAUAAAAAUUUUUGGAAAAAAUGUAUAUUAAAAUUACAGCAAAAUUAUAAUUUUUCACAUCCAUUACAUUUAUGUUUAGUCAUUUCAUCAUUUGCUAGACUAGAAAUUAGAGAAGGUAAUAUAUUAUUAUGUUUAUCUCGAUCUACUAAAAAAUUUGCAAAUUAUUUUUCACCAAAUAAUUUAGCUUUAGUUAUUCAUUCUUUUGCAAAAUUAAAAUUUAAUCAUCCCAAAUUUUUUAACUAUCUGUAUCAGUUUGUUCAUAAAUAUUUAGACAGACAAUUAUUAGGCAGGCCGGAAAAUGGCGAAAAAAAUGGCGAAAAAAAUGGCGAAAAAAAUGGUGAAAAAAUUGGUGAAAAAAAUGGUGAAAAAAUUGGUGAAAAAAAUGAUGAAAGAUGUGGCGAAAGAUGUGGCGAAAGAUGUGGCGAAAAAUGUGGCGAAGCCACUAGUGAUAGUUACAAAUAUGAAUACCCUAAACUAAAUAAACAAAAUAAAUUGUUUGAUUUGCAAUCCCUCGUUUUGCUACUUUUUUCAUGUACUUGCUUAAUAUCAUGUACUGAACAAAUGAUCCUAAAACUUACUUAUUUAAUAAUUCCAAAUAAAAAUUUUUUAGGAAAUCAUAAAAUAGACAAAUUAAAAUACGUAAGUGAUUAUUUGCAAUAUUUUUUUCCUUCAACAUUUGAAAAAUUUCCUGAAGAAAUAAAAAAUUUUUAUUAUUAUAUUGAUAGAUAUGAAAUAAAAAAUAAAAAAAAAAUAAAAUAUAAUGCAAGAUGGAUAACUGAAGUAUCAAGAGUUUUAACAAAAAUAAAUGUUAAUCAUUUAAGAAAUGUAUAUAUAAAUAAUAUAUGUGCAGAUAUAAUGUUACCUGAUUCUAAUAUAAUAAUUAUGUGUUUAGGUCCUUAUAGUUAUUAUGUAAAUUCUUUAUUAACCACAUCUAUAUCUGAUUUAAAAAAAAACAUUCUUAAAAAAAAAAAAUAUAAUGUAAUUACUCUCAAUUAUCAUGAUUGGAAUAAAUUAAAUGAUUAUGAAGAUCAAAUUAAUUUUCUUUAUAGUUUUGGACGUAAUGCUGCUAAUUAUUUUUUUUUAAAUACGACAAAAGAUAUGGAAAAUAACAAAACGGAUAAUGUAAAUACAAAUAUGUCUCUAAACAAUUUUGAAAGUUUGGAAAAUGACCAAAGUGGAAAAAAUGAUUCUUAUGAACUUUGCCAAGAACAAGAAAAUGAAAAUAAUUUUUCAGAUGAAGAUAAUGAAAUAAUUGAUUUUAUAAAAAAGGGUAUUUGUGUUAGUGAACAAAAAGAAAAUCUAGAUUCCUAUGACAUCGAUGAUAUAAAAAAAUUUUUAAAUAACAUCCCGAACCAUGAAAAAUAA